UAUUAAAGAAUUAAAUCAUCGUAAUGCUCGCAUGCAAUCUAGUACGAAAACAAGCAUCGCUGGCAAGAAAAACUGAAUAGAUUUAUUUUUUCACUGAUUAUAAUAUAACUGCUUAUUCAUGCUGAAUUCGUUGAAAUUUAAAUACAUUCUUACAAGAUUUACGUAAUUUUAGUAUUUCCAAAAUGACUAUUUCAAAAAUUCUAAUUGCUGGAAGGCAGGUAUAUCUCAGAAGAUUUUAUGCUACAACACCGAAACUUAUUGAAACUACAAGAGAUGAUACAGGGAUUGACAUCAUAUCUAUGGCAAAACCACCUGUGAACAGUAUAAACACAGAAUUAUUAAGUGCGUUAAAAACAUCUUUACUGGAAGCUCAAAGUAAUCGCAGUAAAGGAGUCAUACUAACAUCAUCCUUGCCAACCAUAUUCUCAGCAGGAUUAGAUAUCACAGAAAUGUUUACUAAUGAUAAAAAAAAAAUUACUGAUUUUUGGAGCACAUUGCAAGACACUUGGUUGACUCUUUACAGUUUGAAUAUUCCAAUUGCUGUUGCUAUUAAUGGCUCUAGUCCUGCUGGAGGUUGUUUGCUAGCCAUAUCUACAGAAUAUAGAGUUUUCGUUGAAGGUAAACACACUAUAGGAUUGAAUGAAACUCAAUUAGGCAUGAUUGCUCCUAAAUGGUUCCAAGAUCUCUAUGUCUCACUGUUGGGCUAUCGACAAGCUGAAUUAGCACUUUUAAGAGGAUCAUUGUUUAAACCUGAAGAAGCAUUGCAAAUUAAACUCGUGGAUGAGCUCGCUAAAGAUAAAACUGAUGCAAUUGAAAAGUGUAAAAAUUACAUAUUAUCAUACAAUAAUAUACAAAGUACAGCAGGGACUAUAACUAAGCUCGAUAUGCGGAAUGAUUUAAUUCAAUGGAUGAAAGAAAAUAAGGAAGUUGACGUUAACAGAUUCGUAGAAUAUAUACAGUUACCAAAAGUACAACAUGGUCUUAAACUUUAUAUGGAACAAUUGAAGCGAAAACAAUAAUUAAUAUUUUUAUAAGGAACAAUAUUGUUGUUAUUCAAGAAAAAAGUAUUCAUAUACAUAUAUGUAGAAAAGAAAAGGUGUAUUAUUAAAUAUUU